UAAACAAUGGAGCCGUGGAGAGACCUGAGCGGAAAAGUAGUGAUGGUGACAGGGGCGUCUUCGGGAAUAGGGCGAGAGUUCUGUCUCGACUUGGCGAAAUCCGGCUGCAGCAUAAUUGCUGCAGCCCGUCGUGUUGACAGACUGAAUUCUCUCUGCGACGAGAUUAAUUCAGAGGGCCUCCGGCACGCAUUCGCCCUCGAGCUCGACAUCACGGCCGAUGGUGCUACCAUUGAGGCCGCUGUACAGAGAGCUUGGGACGCCUUCGGACAUAUCGAUGCCUUGGUUAACAAUGCCGGCCUUAGAGGUAAUGUGCACUAUUCACUGGAAUUGCCAGAGAAGGAGUGGGAACAUACCUUUAAGACGAAUCUCAGAGGGGCAUGGUUGGUUUCCAAAUAUGUUUGUAGACGUAUGCGCGAUGCUAAACAGGGCGGAGGAUCUGUUAUUAACAUAUCUUCAACUGCUGGUUUAAAUCGUGUACUAAUACCUGGGGGCCUUGCGUACGCUUCUUCGAAGAUAGCUCUUGACAUGGUCACUAAGAUGAUGGCCCUUGAAUUGGGAACACACAAUAUCCGAGUGAACUCAAUAUCACCAGGAAUUUUCAAAUCUGAGAUAACAGAGAGCCUUAUGCGAAAGAAAUGGUUCCAUAAUGUUACUAUAAGAACCAUUCCUCUGAGAACUCUUGGAACGACAGAUCCGGCUUUAACAUCAGUCGUCAGAUACUUAAUCCAUGAUUCUUCGGAAUAUAUAUCGGGCAAUGUUUUCAUCGUCGAUGCUGGAACUACCUUAACUGGUAUCCCCAUUUUCUCAUCACUCUAAAACUUGCUCAUGAUGAAGACAUGAAGACGUUGAAUCAGAUCAUUUCUCGAGAAAUAUACAGCAUUCUAUAUUACUUA